AUGUCACGCGCUGUGAUCACAGAUCACGUGCGAAUUUCUUUUUUCACCUAUAAAAACCAGCGGCGCACAAAUUUUUUCUCACCUACAAUGAGUGAUAUCACCCAUAAAAUGAACGAACUUUCGGUUGGGGACGGAGCCAAUAGGGCUUCUGGGGCCGCUGCGGGCGGCGAAACCCCCUCGGGCUCUUCGGGACGCUCCCAGUACGUACCUCCUCAUCUCAGAAAUCGCCCAAAUGGUGGUUCGACUCCAUCGAGGCGUGGCGAUUUUGGUUCCAGAAGCAACGGAUUUGGCAGUGGAAGAAGAGGCGAUUUCAAUUCUUCGGGCUUCCAGUUUGGAUCUGGUCGCAGAGGCAACUCUGGCUUUGGCGGUCGCGGUGGUUUUGGCGGCGGCAGUGGCAGAUACAACUCGCCUAAACCGGGCGUUGGUCAGUGGGUCGAUGGUAAGCACGAGCCAGCCGCUCCCAAUGAGAGAUUGGAGAAGGAGUUGUUUGGUGUUGCUGAAGACCCCAGUGUCCAAUCAUCUGGAAUCAACUUUGACAACUAUGAUGACAUUCCUGUGGAAGCCACCGGUGAUGGAGUCCCAGAGCCAAUUCUGGCAUUCACUGCUCCUCCUUUGGACCCAUUGAUCGUAGAGAACAUUAAGCUCUCGCGUUUCACUAAACCUACCCCCGUGCAAAAGUACUCGGUUCCCAUCGUGGCCAGCGGUCGUGAUUUGAUGGCUUGUGCCCAGACCGGUUCCGGUAAGACUGGUGGAUUCUUAUUCCCAGUGUUGUCUGAAUCGUACAUGAACGGUCCAGAUGCAGUUCCCGAGAGCCAGGGCGCCUUCUCGUCCCACAAGGUCCACCCAACUGCGUUGGUUAUGGCCCCUACAAGAGAGUUGGUGUCGCAAAUUUUCGAAGAGGCUAAGAAAUUCUCCUACAGAUCAUGGGUUCGUCCCUGUGUUGUCUAUGGUGGUGCUGAUAUCGGUACUCAAAUCCGUAACUUGGAUCGUGGAUGUGACUUGUUAGUUGCUACUCCUGGUCGUCUUAAGGAUUUGCUUGAAAGAGGCCGUGUAUCCCUUUCCAACAUCAAAUACUUGGUUUUGGAUGAAGCCGAUCGUAUGUUGGAUAUGGGUUUCGAGCCUCAAAUCAGACACAUUGUUCAAGAAUGUGACAUGCCUGGCGUUGAAAGCAGACAAACCUUGAUGUUUUCCGCCACGUUCCCUCGUGACAUCCAAAUGUUGGCUCGUGACUUCUUGAAAGAUUACAUAUUCCUCUCCGUCGGUAGAGUUGGAUCUACCUCCGAGAACAUCACCCAAAAGGUGUUAUACGUGGAGGACGACGAAAAGAAAUCGGUAUUGUUGGACUUGCUUUCCGCCAACGAUAACGGAUUGACCAUUAUCUUCACCGAAACAAAGAGAAUGGCCGAUAACUUGGCUGACUUCUUGUACGACCAAGGUUUCCCGGCCACUGCUAUCCACGGUGACAGAUCGCAAUAUGAAAGAGAAAAGGCUUUGGCUGCUUUCAAGAGCGGUACCGCCCCAAUUUUAGUUGCAACUGCGGUUGCAGCUAGAGGUUUGGAUAUUCCUAACGUGUCCCACGUUGUUAACUACGACUUGCCUGGUGACAUUGACGACUAUGUCCAUCGUAUCGGUCGUACCGGUCGUGCUGGUAAUGUCGGUAUUGCCACUGCCUUUUUCAACAGAAACAACAGAAACGUUGUUAAGGGUAUGAUCGAGUUGCUUUCUGAGGCCAACCAAGAAGUUCCUGACUUUCUUCAAAAAAUUUCAAGAGAGGGUUCGUACGGAAGUAAAGGUGGCUUUGGAAGCAUGCGUGGCGGAGCUGGUCGCGGUGUCUUAGGAGGCGGUAGCAGAGGAGGCAGCCGUGACUUCAGAAGAAGUGGCGGAGGCUUUGGAUCGUCUGGAUCUUCCGGUUCUAACUGGGGAUCUUCUAGUUCCGGCAACGGAGGAUACCGUAGCAGCUCCAACUACGGUAACCCAUCGUCAGGUAACUCCUGGUGGUAA